CCAUGCUAUAAAAGGGAGCUGCAAACCAAAGUUCGGUGGAGCGUGGAGUGGGCAGUGGCCCCCAUGUAUCCCCAGCGCUGCUUGCUCUGGCUAUAUAAAAUAAAGCAAUCCAAAUUUUGCUGAAUAUCGAGACUUUGGUUUCUCAGUUAUAACAAUCGCCACCGCAGCGUCGCUCUCCCGGUGACUCUGGGAUGCCCCAAAUGACGUCAUAACUCCUCAGACUACAACUCCCGGCAGCCACCGCGCGGCCCCAUGCGCUUCCUCCCUGACGUCAUCUCUGCGCGCCGCGCGGGCCGUGCCGCCGCCAUGGUGCAGCUCGGGAGCCGCCUCCUGAGGGGCCGCGGCGGCCACGUCGUCAUCCGCUUCGCGCUGGGGGGCUGCACCAACCGCCCGUUCUUCCGCAUCGUGGCGGCCAACAGCAGGCGGCCCCGCGACGGGCGGUACCUGGAGCAGCUGGGCUGCCUUGACCCGCUGCCCAACGCGUACGGCGAGAAGGUGGCGGGGCUCAACCUGGAGCGGCUGCGCUACUGGCUGGGCUGCGGCGCGCAGCUCUCGCGGCCCGCCGAGAAGCUGCUGGGGCUGGCGGGGUUCCUGCCGCUCCACCCCAUGACGGUGACCGCCGCCGAGAGGUUGCGCCGGCGACGACAACGCGAGCAGCAGCCCGAGGCUGCUCCUGCGGACGGCUCGGCCGAGCCCGGCACCGGCACCGACCCCGCGGCCUGACACGGACAGGGACCGCACCGGGCCGGGACCGCACCGGGCCGGGGCUGAACCGGGCCGGGACCGCACCGCGCCGAGACCGCACCGGGCCGGGACUGCACCGUGCCGAGAUUGCACCGAUCCGAGGACUCCUCCUGCUGUCAGUGCAUCUGGCCCCAUUAAAAUGUUACCUCUACACCAUA